AUGUCUGGUGUGUGUGGUAAGGCCUGCCUAGAUGUUUGUAGCUUAUCGAAGCAGCAAAAUGCACUGACAAGAAAAAAGCCGUACAAGUGUGAUGUUUGUGGUAAAUUUUUUGCGCAGUCAGCUCAUCUUGAAACACAUUUCAGAACACAUACUGGAGAAACUCCUUACAAAUGUGAUGUCUGUGGUAAGGAAUUCAGUGAAUCGUCCAAGCUACAGAGGCAUUUCCGAUCCCACACUGGCUCCAGACCCUAUAAGUGUGAUUUCUGUGGUAAGGAAUUUAUCCGGAGAGACACGCUGCAGAAACAUACAAGGACACACACGGGAGAGAAGCCUUACACGUGUGAUAUCUGUGGUAAGGGAUUCAGUCAGUCCGCUCACCGCCAGAUGCACACAUUGACACAUUCUGGACAGAAGCCGUAUAAGUGUGACGUCUGUGAUAAGGUGUUUAGUCAGUCCUCUCACAUGAAAACUCAUUUCAGGACACACAUUGGAUACAGUCCUUUCAAGUGUGAUGUGUGUGGUAAGGAAUUCACAAGGGCAGAGUACCUACAGAAACAUAGUAUGACACAUACCGGAGAGAAACCUUACAAAUGUGACUUCUGUGGACGCGGGUUUAUACAGUCAUCUAACCUCCGGAGACAUAUCAGGUCACACACGGGAAAUAACCCCGUGUUGUCUGUGUAA